ACGAAUAAAUAAAUGAUAAUAUUAAUAUUAUGUCUUAAAUUUCGUAGCCGUGAUUGUGAUUUUCGAUUUACGAUUACUGGUUACUAUUAGUGAUUAGUAUCGCUCGAUAUUUCGUGUAUGGCCGGAACAUCAUUCAUCAUUGAAAAUAAAUAAUUAUGUUCUUGACAAAUGUGUUGUUGAAAAAAGUAAAAUCCAAACAUACUAUGGUGCUAAUGGAAAGCAUGGUAAGCGGUCACAAAUACAACGUGUUCAGGGAACGUUUGGCUGACAAACUAGAACUUGUACAUUUCGACCCUUGGAUAGGUCAAAUGUCCGUCUACAAAGAGAGGAAAAAAAUAAGAAGUGCAAACGUAAAGAGAUUCACAGAGCCCACAUAACAGUCGAACAAUUACUUGUAUUAAUAAUUCAUAAAAUGUAGAAUAUUUGUAAGCAUUUAUAUUUUCAAAUUGUAAAAUAUAUAAUUUUAAUUUUA